CAUACAUCGUCCGUUGUUUUCCCCCCACCAUUAUCUGUAUUAUUCGACAACAUGCCUUAUCCCGAGGAAGCUGAGGGUUUCCAGGUCGAUAGCCCUGUGACUUAUACCAACUUCAAUAAACGAUUCUUCAAGUUGAAGCCGUUUGGCGACUAUGACGUUGACAUUAAGAUCGAGGCUUGUGGUGUCUGCGGGAGUGAUCUGCACACUAUCAGCGGUGGUUGGGGAGAUCAGAAAUUCCCUCUUUGCGUUGGUCAUGAAAUCAUCGGCAGAGCGAUUCGCGUCGGACCAAAAGUCACAUUGAUCCAAGAAGGCCAACGCGUCGGUGUUGGCGCCCAGUCAUACUCCUGCGGCGAGUGCAAACAAUGCAAGAACGACAACGAGACCUACUGCCCCGUCCUCAUGAUGGAUACCUACGGCUCUGAGUGGCCGGAGACUGGCAUCGUCAGCCAAGGUGGGUACUCAUCGCAUGUGCGCACUCACGAACACUGGGUAUUCCCUAUCCCCGAACAACUCGAAACCAACCUUGUCGCCCCCAUGCUAUGUGCCGGUCUGACUGCAUAUUCACCGCUGGUCCGUAACGGCGCCGGACCUGGCAAGAAGGUGGGAAUUGUGGGGUUGGGUGGAAUUGGUCACUUUGGAAUCAUGUUUGCCAAAGCCCUUGGAGCGGAAACCUGGGCAAUUUCCCGGUCUCGCGCUAAGGAGGUGGAUGCACGAAAGUUGGGAGCGGAUGGAUACAUUGCUACGGCGGAGGAAGGUUGGGAGAAGGAUCACCUGUGCUCGUUUGAUCUGAUCAUCAACUGCGCCAGCUCUUCCAAGGGCUUUGAUCUGGCCAAAUAUUUGUCCCUCAUGGACGUCCAUGGUCGCUGGAUCAGCGUCGGACUUCCCGAGGAAGAAGGUCAGGUCAUCAAGGCACAGAACCUGAUCGCGAACGGAGUCUUGAUUGGAGCUAGCCACCUGGGUAGUCGGCGGGAAAUGCUGGAUAUGCUCAAAUUGGCAGCAGAUAAGGGUCUACGGGGAUGGGUCGAGGAACUGCAGAUCGGUGAGGAGGGACUCAAGGAAGCCAUGGUUCGAAUGAAGAAGGGAGAUGUUCAUUAUCGAUUUACCAUGACCGGGUACGACAAGGUGUUUGGUUGA